AUGGAUCACCCUCAAACACCUAAACCUAGAAAAAGAGUCCUUCUGAAUCAUUAUAGGGUUCCUACCCUCCCAUCUCCUGAGAAACUGUCGCCUUCAAAUAGCACUGAUCAACGUCAACAUCCAUUCACUGAUUGCUACUUAACUCCAAAGCAAUCACAAUCAACACUCGCUGCUACCCCUGAAUCUCCAAUUCGAAAAAGACCAAGUAUCGAUAUCAUUACCCCAACUUCUAUAAACGAAGAAGCAUCAUCAACUUCAUCAUCAUCAUCAUCAUCAUCUCGUCCUGUUACUCCACAGCAACAGUUGACGUCAACUCCUUCAGAAUCAACUCCCGUACAAAGAUGGUACCACCCCAUGACUACUAUAACUGUAGAGGAGCUCCAGAAGGUUAAACGAGUGAGACUUUCAAACCCGUUUUUGGAAGAUCCAUUCCAGGCACUUCCUGCCGCUCCUACAACGAUCGACAAUGAAACAAGAUCACAUAUGGAAUAUGUAAAUGGAACAACCGGUAAGAAAUCUACAGUGAAAUUGAGUCAAAGACAAGUACACAUUAAACCUAAAAGGCUAGACUUCUCCAACUUAUAUGGGUUUUAG